UUGUAUAUUUCGGCAAUGGAAUAUAUCAUGCUAAGGAAUCUCACUAAAAACCCUAUUUUAAAAACGAAAUUUACAGAUGAAAAAAUUGAAUACCAAAUUUGCGUUAAUCCUUGCAUUUCUCCCCAGCCGACAGUAGUAGCCAGCCGCCCUCGGUCGCGGUCAGAGGCGGAGGCCAGAGAGGCGCAGCCUGCGAGACCUGCUCAGCCAGCGCCACAGCCGCGGCAACCGCAAGGGGGUCGACUGCUCGCUGAUGACGUGUCUACCACGACGUACAUUCCAAUUCUGAAAGAUUCUCGCCGAACUGACCCUGCCACUGGAGCCUUCAUUUACGAUUACAUGGGAGCUGAUGGAUCCAGCAAAUACGAAGUUCGUUUCUCCAACGGAACUGUGCUCGGUAAUUUCUCGUAUAUCAAUGACCAAGGUGAACGCGAGACUCGUUGGUACUCGGCCGGCGAGCGCGGAACCGAAAUCCAAGGUGAUAGCGUCGUUUCCCCAGCCCCUCCAACUCUCAUUGAUGAAACAACCGGUAAGAAUUACGUUGACUUGAGCAAUUACGACCUUUACCGUCACUUGGAGGUGCCGUACGUUCACAUUGCGGGCCCCAGUGACCCCGAUGAGAGAGGACAGCUGUCCAGCCUCUCCGACCGGCGACUAGUGGAUGACCGCCGCCAACAGUCCCAAGGCAGACCCCAGCAAGCGGCGCCCCAACCACAAAUUGCGUUAGAUUACGAAGAUGAAACAGCAUUCGCGGCACAGGCACCUCAACCGGUUCAACCUCCACAGCCCAGCAGAGUCGCCAGAACCCGUACAAGGGUCGAGGCUCAACCGCAACAACCUCAACAGGCGGUAGCCCCGCGCCAACGUUUCGAUGCUUCUGCUUUGGACACUCGAAGUCCCGACCAUGUCUUGGAUUCGCUCAUCCAGCAAUUCCAGUAAAGUCACCGAAAUCGAUAAUAGCGUAAGAUUUGCGUCGAAGAUUGAGUAAUUGUUAUUAUUUAAGCUCAAAAACUUGUUGUGCACGAAACUUGAUUAGAACAAGUUUACGAAUAAACUUAUAACUGAA